AUGUACUCAAGCUUGGCCAUACCCUCCAACCCGUCGCCGUAUGGGCACGACUCCGGGAACUACGUGCACGCCCCGACCAGCUCGCCCGUGUACGUGCCCAGUACGCGUGUGCCCGCCGCCGUGUUGCAGUCGCUGCCCUACCUGCAGUCGUGUGAACCUACGCACCAGACGCACGCGCUUGCGGGCCACCAUCACGCAUGGCCACCGCAGUCUGCUGCUGACGGUUCGUCGUUUGGCGCUGGAAGCCCGCAUGCGCACGCGCCCUCCGCCGCUUUCUCCUACACACACAGUCCUCCUGCGAGCGGCGGCGGUGGCAGCUGUGGCGGUCGCGACCCUGCGUCCUAUCAGAGUCCGCUGGCGCUGAGUGGCGGCGCGCGUGGCCCAGAGCAGUACAGCGGGGCUCUGGUGCGCUCCGUCGGCGCUUCUUAUUCGAACCCAUACGCGUACAUGGGCCCCGAUGUGAGCGGAUCCUGGGCGCCUGGUCAUUUCGACAGUGGUGUGAUCGGACUACAGGGACGCCAGGGAACCCUGACGGGCAGAAGGACCAGUCUCGAUGUGUUGGAUGAGGUGGCGGUGGAGGGACGCGAGUGUGUGAACUGCGGCUCCAUCUCCACUCCGCUGUGGAGGCGCGACGGAACCGGACAUUACCUAUGCAACGCGUGCGGCCUCUAUCACAAGAUGAACGGCAUCAACCGGCCUCUCAUCAAACCCCAGAAACGCCUGCAGACUACAUCCCGGCGUGCAGGCCUGUGUUGCACUAACUGUCAUACCAGCACGACCACACUGUGGAGGAGAAAUGCAGAGGGGGAGCCUGUGUGUAAUGCCUGUGGCCUCUACAUGAAGCUUCACGGGGUACCCAGGCCACUAGCUAUGAAGAAAGAAAGCAUUCAGACAAGAAAACGCAAACCCAAGAUACCUAAAACCAAAGCUUCCUCAGGGUCUUCUGUGUCCGGCACUACCUCUCCUAACUCGCAUCCCAUUUCAGAGAACGCUUCAACAAUAAAAAGUGAACCCAACAUUGCUGCUUCACCGUACGCCGGUCAAACGGUUGUGUCUGUCACACAGGCUUCGACACAGUUAAGCAGCACAAGCUCAGGCCACGUGGACAUCAAAUACGAGGACUAUUCGUUCACUCCAACAUCCAUCACCCCACAGAACACCUGGUGCGCACUGUCCCAAGCAUGA